UACAGCUCGCUUUAUAUAUUACUACUUUUUUUUUUUCUUCUUAAGUAUACAUCUUUCUGCUUUUCACUUGUUGAGCCGACACAUGGCCGACUCUGUGUUUCUACACUUUUAAAGACAGCACGGACUGUUGGUCAAGAGAAGAGCAUUCCGGAAACGAGACCCUGAGUAAUAGGAAGUGAUUGGAGCGAGCCAGGUCUUUGGUGAAAGUCUUGGAGUGCAUUUUCGUUAGCUACAAAAACCAAAAAUGGCUACCAUUAAGACCUUGGAAACCAAAGGCAUCCUCACUUCGACCCCAAUCAGAGGAGCAGGAGAUGGAAUGGAAACAGAGGAGCCCCCUAAGUCUGUUGAAGUCACCUCUGAAGUGCAGCCUGUAAAUCAGCAUGUCCUUCAGAGUCCACGUAAGAAAGUUCCCUCCGACAGCCCAGGAGUGCUCCAGCUCGGAAAGAUUCUUACUGAAAAAGCAGUGGAAGUGGACGCUGUGAGGAUAUUUGUCCCCAAAGCUGCCAUCACUCAUGACAUCCCCAGCAAAAAUGCAAAGCUUAAGUCUCUAGGCUAUCACCGAGAAGAAGUCCACCCUCAGCCAGAGGUAGUUACAGACCCCAGGAAGGAACUCUCAGAGGCAAAGAAGGUUUUAGAAAAACUCAAGAAUUCUGAAAGGCGGCUACUUCAGGACAAAGAAGGCCUUUCAAACCAACUCCGAGUACAGACAGAGAUAAAUCGUGAGUUAAAAAAGUUGCUGGUGGCUUCUGUUGGAGAUGACCCACAGUAUCACUUUGAACGUCUAGCCCGGGAGAAGAACCAGCUCAUCUUAGAAAACGAAGCACUAGGUCGAAACACAGCCCAGCUUUCUGAACAGCUGGAACGGAUGUCAAUACAGUGUGAUGUGUGGAGAAGCAAAUUCCUCGCAAGCAGGGUAAUGGCGGACGAAUUAACGAACUUCAGAGUAGUUUUACAGCGUCAAAACCGAGAUGCCCAGAGUGCCAUACAGGAUCUCCUGAGUGAACGGGAGCAGUUUCGCCAGGAAAUGAUCUCUACCCAGAAGUUGUUGGAGGAACUCUUGGUCUCCUUACAGUGGGGAAGGGAGCAGACGCACUUCCCCAACACACAGCCCCACAGCACAGCAGGGCUGGCACUUGCAAACCACAAGUUGGCAGAGGCUGUGCAUGCUCAUCUUCUGGGAAAUGUUGGCAUCAGUAAUCAAAAGAAGAUUCCAGCACCAGUAGACUUCUUCAGUACCCCAGCUGAGAAAAUGGCUGAAAAGGUUCUACGUAUUUUGGAUCCCGUUACCUGUACAGAAAGCUCACCGGACAAUCCAUUUUCUGAAUCUUCACCAACCACAUUACUCACUACAAAGAAAAAUAUUGGACGUUUCCAUCCCUAUACCAGAUAUGAAAAUAUAACUUUCAAUUGCUGUAAUCAUUGCAAGGGAGAACUCAUUGCUCUUUAAUGUGUCAUAUAUUGAAGGUUUAUUUGGGAGCUGGGGUUCUUAUGAUGCUGAUAAUAAAACCAAUUCAUCUUUAUAUAAUAUAUAUCUACAAAGAUAUUUCAUGUACUAGUUUCCAAAUUAUUUUUCUUAAGAAAUGUCUCAGGGUAAGAAAAAGUGAAGCUAUGUAGACAUAUUUAAAGUACUUCCCAGAGAAUUCACAGUGUUUGUGCUAAAACACUAAAAAAGAUUUUGUAACUUUCUUUUAGGCACUAAAUUAUUAUUCUUUGUUAUAUAUUUUGUAUAAACUAUAAGCAGGUUUCAUUUUGGUGCAUAAAGCAAAAACAGGUCAACUACAACCAUGCGCUGGAUGUGGCCAUGCCCAUCACUUUCCUGUGACCUAAUCUGCUUCCCUGCACUGCAGCAGUGUUCAGUGUGGGGUUAGCAAGCCCAUUCCUUUAUAGGGCAUGUUUGCUAGUGUAAUAACUGGGGUACAGGAAAAAGGGAUUUGCAUUCCCUUUGUGGUCACAUUUAGGGUAUAAAAAAGAGGCCUUCAGAAACAACCCAGGUAAAGGGAUUAAUCUUUCUAAACAAAUACGUUAGGAAAAUAAAAACAUAUUUUAGAGCUACAACAAAUACUUCAACAAAAGUGUUCCAUGCUGUUUGUUUUUUGCAAGGUGUUGUGUCUUCUGCAUGGUUGUAGUUGGACAACCUAAAGGAAAAAGAUCCCUAGUCACUGACUCAUGAUGACAUGUGCAGCACAACAGGGGUAUCUGGUUUGAUAAUAUAAUGAUGGAAAAUGAGUGUCUAAGGAAAAUGUAAUCCAUUAAUUUACAUAUUCUAUGUAAUAUAUUAUUUGUAAUGUAGCAUAAGAUGCCCUUUCAUUGUCCUUUAAAUAUUCACAAAUAUCUGUCAUAAAAAAUAUACUGAAUUUUAAAAAUUCAGAGAAAUCUUCAAAAGGCAAAUCUGGCCUAAUCAAAAUACACUUUAGUAUCAAACAUGCUAUUUCUUGUCAGACUCAUCUGAGUCAUGUUUAUAGCUUUCAGUGGCAAUAAACUUGUGUAUUUCCCUCUUG